AUGGCCACUCUUCAAUUCACCUUCACCGACUCAACCUCCUUGUUCAGGCCUUCUCUCCCUUCCUCGCGAACUUUCCAUCGGAAUCGAAGCCUCAUUGUCAGAGCCUCUUCUUCUUUCGACGACUUCUCCCGGAGCAGGAGACGCUUGCUCGCCGAAACCGCCGCAAUUUCGGUUUCGCUUCCUCACUUUGCGGCGAGGGCCGAAGACACGCUUUCGGAGUGGGAGAGAGUGUACCUCCCCAUCGACCCCGGCGUCGUGCUUCUUGACAUCGCUUUUGUCCCCGAAGACCCCAACCACGGUUUUCUCCUCGGGACGAGACAAACAAUUCUGGAGACGAAGGAUGGAGGAAACACUUGGGCUCCGCGUUCCAUUCCCUCUGCCGAAGACGAAGAUUUCAACUAUCGCUUCAAUUCUAUCAGUUUCAAAGGGAAGGAAGGGUGGAUAGUUGGAAAACCUGCGAUUCUGUUGUACACUGCUGAUGCUGGAGCAAGCUGGGAGAGAAUACCGCUCAGUGCUGAACUUCCAGGGGAUAUGGUGUACAUAAAGGCGACCGGUGAGAAGAGUGCAGAGAUGGUGACUGACGAAGGUGCAAUAUAUAUUACUGCUAACAGAGGUUACAACUGGAGGGCUGCUGUUCAGGAAACUGUGUCAGCUACUCUUAACAGAACAGUUUCUAGUGGUAUUAGUGGUGCAAGCUAUUACACUGGGACUUUCAAUACUGUCAAUCGCUCUCCAGAUGGAAGGUAUGUUGCAGUCUCAAGUCGGGGCAACUUCUACUUAACCUGGGAGCCUGGUCAGCCAUUCUGGCAGCCACAUAAUAGAGCAGUUGCCAGAAGAAUACAGAACAUGGGAUGGAGAGCUGACGGUGGUCUGUGGCUUCUUGUUCGUGGAGGUGGUCUUUAUCUCAGCAAGGGCACAGGGUUAACUGAAGAAUUUGAGGAGGUUCCUGUUCAAAGCCGGGGUUUUGGCAUUCUUGAUGUUGGAUAUCGUUCAACGGAUGAAGCUUGGGCAGCAGGAGGAAGUGGUAUUCUUUUGAGAACUACUAAUGGUGGCAAGUCAUGGAUCCGCGACAAAGCUGCCGACAACAUUGCUGCAAAUUUAUACUCAGUAAAGUUCAUUGAUGACAAGAAGGGAUUUGUACUGGGGAAUGAUGGAGUCUUGCUUCGCUACCUUGGAUAG